GAGGAGAAGGGUCCACACAGCUCGGAGGUCCAGCAAGUCUCAACACAAGCGCGUCAGUCAGGAGAAGUGGGCUCCAGAGGAUAUCCCAGGAGGCCGCAUCCACACUGCUUUGGCACUUGAAAAUGGCGCGUGUUGGUCGAACGUCACUCUCUCUGGUCCACACUGGACUUCUGCUGGCCGUGGUUUUGUUACCAGAGUUCCUGGGGGCCGUUCCACUGGAGCAGCAGAAGGAGGAGGAAGUCCACGCAGUCUCAGGCGAUGUGAAGGCCGAAGCCAUGGCCAACCUGAAGAAUCUGGUGCGCAACAGAAGGAACGUCCCGGUCAUCGCUCUGCCUCAGUUCAAGGCCGUCCCUGACUUCUGGGGAUUCUACAAGUACUUCAUGCAGAGCCACAACCAGGAGGGGCUGGAGGAUCUGGACCGCCUCUACAUGGCCUACCUGCAGAACAAGCACCGUUCUGAGGAGAACCCCAACUUCAACCACUACCUCAAGCACCUGAGCGAGAUCUACAAGACCUGCGCCGACUCCGACGACCCAGAAUGUAUCGCGGAGGCCACCAGCAAGCCCAAGGCUUCGGUGGUGAUGCCGGCUCCCCUCAAGUCCGCCGCCAUCCACUUCUGCAACCCCUACCUGGACCCUUACUGCCUGUUCGCCCUUGCCGCCAAGGCUCCCGCGGCUGAGCCUGAACCCGCCCCGGCUCCCGCCAAGGUCCCGGCCCCCAUCCUCACCCCCAUCCUUCCUCUGCCCAUGAAGAACCACGCUGGCUUCUACUACUACGCCCCCAUUCUUGAGCCGUUCCUGAGCGCCGAGCAGAGAACUGAGCUGCUGAGGAUCUGCAACUCCGAAGACGUCGAGUGCCUCCAGUACCACCUGAGGGCGGCGUACGGAUACCGGCCCGCGCCCGGCCCGGCUCCCUCUUACAGCGCGCUCACGUGUAACCCCAAGGAUCCCUACUGCAAGCCCAUCAUGGUGCAGAAGGCCCCGACAGGGCUCUACCACCUGCUGUACCCCAGCUGCGACCCGGCUGUGGAUCCUCUGUGCGUGGGCAACGUGGCCGCUCCCGCCCCCCUGGCCUCAGAGGAAGCCCCCAAAGAGCAGCACUGCAACCCCCUCUUCGAUGCCGGCUGCAACCCGCUCACCGCCACCAAGCUGUCUGGCCUGACCAAGCCCGUGCUGGAGUACGCUGCCAAAGACCAGCCCGCUCCUCCUGCUGCUCCUCUGUCCUGCGACCCUCGCACUGACCCCUACUGCUUACUGCUAGCCGCCGCCGCCCUGCGCCAGCCGCCUCCUCAGCUGCCCGAGCACCAGGUCCGCUACAACCUCGGCGUCCGCGGCAAGACCAAGGAGGGCUACGACUGCUAUGUGCACUAUGACAAAGACUGCACGCCGGUGGAGUCGAGCCCCAAGUCCAAGGCCAACAUCAAAGCUCCAGCCAAACCGCUCUGCCAUCCGUUUGACCCGAGCUGCGGGAAGUUCGCGUCACCGGCUGACCUGGAAGCUCCGAAGGCCGGCGCCGACGGCAUUAUCCUGCCUGACCCGCACUGUGAUCCGGAGUUCGACUACAACUGCCGCCUGCGUCGAGCGGAACCCGCCGCCGACCAGCCAGCUGAGCAGCCCGCUGCAGACGAGCCCGCCAAGGCCGCCACAGCCGCCGCGGCGCCUAGCUUCGACGACUUCCUGAAGAGCGUCAUGAGCCAACGCAAGUAA